GGCACAUGACAAGCUGUGCUCAGGAGCCUCCAGGGAGAGCCAGCUAAUCCUGUUCAGCAGAGCAACGAGACAGGAUGGCUGCAGAGUUUGGGGAGCUGACUCAAAAUCCCCUGCAGAAAGUGUGGAUUCCCCGCACCAGCAAGCGCCUGCAGCGCAGGGGGUCUUCUGUGCCACAGUUUACCAAUUCACCAACCAUGGUGAUCAUGGUGGGGCUGCCCGCUCGAGGGAAAACCUACAUCUCAAAAAAGCUCACCCGCUACCUCAACUGGAUUGGAAUCCCCACGAAAGUGUUCAAUGUCGGGCAGUACCGCCGUGAAGCCGUCCAGACCUACAAGAAUUACGAGUUUUUCCGCCCAGACAAUGAAGAGGCCAUGCAGAUCCGGAGGCAGUGUGCGCUGGCAGCACUUCGGGACGUCCACACGUACCUGAGCUCUGAAGAGGGCCAAGUGGCGGUUUUUGAUGCCACGAACACCACCCGGGAACGGCGUGCCCUCAUCUUGCAGUUUGCCAAGGAGCACGGCUACAAAGUUUUCUUCAUUGAAUCUAUUUGUGAUGACCCGGACAUCAUCCAGGAGAAUAUCACACAAGUGAAGCUGAGCAGCCCGGACUACAAGGACUGCAACCGGGACGAAGUGGUGGAGGAUUUCCUGAAGCGGAUCGAGUGCUACCAGAAGACCUACCAGCCCCUCGACGAUGAACUGGACAGCUCCCUGUCCUACAUCAAAAUCUUCAACGUUGGUAGUCGGUACCUGGUGAACCGGGUUCAGGACCACGUGCAGAGCCGCACAGUGUAUUACCUGAUGAACAUCCACGUGACGCCUCGUUCCAUCUACCUCAGCCGGCACGGGGAGAGCGAGCUCAACUUGCGGGGGCGCAUUGGGGGUGACUCAGGACUGUCUGAACGUGGCAAACAGUUUGCCUGUGCCUUGGCCACCUUCAUCCGCUCCCAAUGCAUCCAGGACCUCAAAGUCUGGACGAGCCACAUGAAGCGCACUAUCCAGACAGCAGAAGCGUUGCAUGUCCCCUACGAGCAGUGGAAGGCACUGAACGAAAUUGAUGCGGGUGUCUGUGAAGAAAUGACUUAUGAGGAGAUCCAAGCCAAUCAUCCAGAAGAGUUCGCCCUGAGAGACCAAGACAAGUAUCGAUACCGCUAUCCUAAGGGAGAGUCGUAUGAAGAUUUGGUGCAGCGCCUGGAACCUGUCAUAAUGGAGCUAGAACGGCAAGAGAACGUGCUGGUCAUCUGCCACCAGGCUGUCAUGCGCUGUCUCCUGGCCUACUUCCUAGACAAAAGUGCAGAGGAAUUGCCGUACCUGAAGUGCCCACUACACACUGUUCUGAAGCUAACACCAGUGGCCUAUGGCUGUGAGGUGGAAUCGAUCUUCCUCAACAUUGAGGCUGUGAACACACACCGGGAACGCCCACAGCAUCGGUCCUACAAAGCUAGCCAGGCCCCCUUGUACCGGCACUACCGUUCCGUGCCAAUGGCCAGUCCCGAGCCAACCAAACAACCCUGCUGGGAAGAUCUGGGCCGGUCCCCUCCCCCCUGCCUGUUUGGCCCUCAGAAUGUUGAUGUGACUCGAGAUCCAGAGGAGGCCCUGGACACAGUGCCAGACCAUUAUUAAGCACACUGAGUAUUAAAAGAAUCCCACUUCC